ACAUCUGCCUUUCAAACAAAUAAUCUGUCAUAAUCUUCUCAAAGUAUUUUUUUGUGAAGACAUUUAAAUAUUAAUCAUUUUUAUCGUAUUUUUUACAAUCCAUUUUUAGAGCACAUUAUAUUAUUUAUUGUAAUAAUAAUAAUGGCAGUUGUACUUGAACAACAACCCUGUAUGAGCCCUGCUGCACCCCCCGUGAAAUCAACGGCUGUUAAAUUUGAUAACUCCUGUCGAACUUGUGCACCAGGUUGUCCAUGCUGUCCCGUGGGUACGAAACAGGAAUGCGUUUACGUUCCUCCAGAAGUCCCAAAGUCCUUUAAACCCGUUAAGAAGUAUUUACCACCGGAAAAGGGUGUUUAUGACACCACAUACAACAAAACAUAUGUUCCAAAGGAGUCAACAGCACAAAAGAUGAUAUUUCAUGAAGACAACAUCACUGUUGGAGUCGGUAAAAUGGAUACCAAUACUGUCAAUAGGCUAUCGUAUGUAGCCCCAACGAAUUUUCGAAGACCCGCUGAAUUUCGUCUCUGCGACCACAAUCUUCAGGAAAACGGCCCAGUUCAACUGAUUACUACGCAUAAACAUGAUUACAUACCCCUCCCAUUAGAAACGAAAAGCAAAACCGAUAAAUACGAGGACGGUUUAACCCUAAGCAAAGCUCCCUUCGAUGGUACUACUGUUACUCAACUAUCUUACAUACCGUUAAAUGUUAACGAAGCUAAAGUUUUCCCAUACAGAUAUAAAGAUAACAUGAAACUCUCUGCAGAGAAGAUCGAUCUUAAUACAAUCAACCAGCUCUCAUACAAAUUCUGGGGCUUACAACCCCCAGAAGAAAAACCGUGGGCAAAAGCGAAAGCUUACGAAAAGUCGGGACCUCCGUUGGAAUCGUCCACUAUUUACCACGAGAGCUAUCCUCCCUAUGCGUUAGGCCCAAAACUACAAUCGUACAAGCCUUUACCUAAAUACUUGCCUCCCGAGAAGUUCGACGAUGGCACUGUCUACAGGAUGAGUUAUAAACCUGCCCAAACCGACAAACCGCAGAAGUUUGAACCUAAGCAUGCAAUAGGUCUCAGUCCUGAGAAAAUUUACUCAGAAACGACAAAUAAUUCUUCGUUUAGAUGGUACUCCAGCAGCGAGAUUUCCCGAGAAUCAUUACACAGGUUAUCUGAUCAUAAAUUAAUUGGAGAUGGACCCAUGCAACUGCUGACAACACAGAAACAGGAUUACGUUCCAAUGCCCUUCGAAAGAGCGCAACCGUUACGAAUGGGGGACAAUUUGACCACCAGCAACCAACCCUUCACUGGACAAACGUGCUACCGAGCAAGUUAUCAACCCGUCGAGUCUGGUAACAAUUUAGUGAAACCGAUACGAUGUCGGACUCAUAUAAAAUUACCCGAUGGACCCAUGGAUCUUAAGACUGUUCAUCAGACGUCAUAUACGCCUAUUGGACAGCAACCUCCGGUUUCUAAGCCGUGGGCCGAAAAACUUUCAUACGAGCCGCCAAAACUACUUUUAGAAGGUCAUACGACAAAUUCUCUGAGCUACCAACCCCCAGGAAGAUUUGUGUGCACCUCCAAACCAGAUCCGAGUUCAACUGCGAAAUGCUGCUGCCCCUCGUGUUGCUGUGCUUCUAAAAAUAAUCCGCCGCAGUAAAUAAAGAAUUUCUAAAACAACUGAAUUUGGCUCAAUUUUCUUUCCAAUGGCUUUUUGCUAGCGGUUGCGGCGGUACCGGCCGUUUUGUAUUGUCUAAUGACAAAAAAGC